AUGAUGACAGUCCUACGAAGUGAUCUAGAUGCUGCAAAUGAGUACAAAGAUAAGUUAAAGGCCAAAUCUACAAAGCUUGAUAAGUUAUUGAAGAAUCAAAGGGACAGUGGAAACACUAAAGGUCUUGGAUUUGAGCAUGGAGAAAGCUCUGGUACUAUAAAUCAGGAUGAUACAUCCGGUCAGAAGAACAAUCAGGAGAAUCCACCAAUCAACUGGAAUCAAAGGUCAUCCAACUAUGUUAAUGAGGGUGAGGAAGAUUCUGAGAAGGCAGAAAGUGAUAAGGUUGAGGAUGAUAUGGAGGCCACAGAGGGCUCUAAAUCCUCCAAGAUGGAUACUAAUGCCCCUAAAUAUGAGACUAUCAAGGAUGAUAAUAAGAAUGCCUCCCCUUAUUCUAACACUUCCCCCCUGCAUAUCUCUGAGGAGGACAGGAGAAAGUCUGAGGGCAGGCAGACUGCUGCUAAAGGUGGAGAGAAGGAGGAGGUGGUGCAUUGUGCAGGUUGUAAUUCUAUCUCCAAGGACUUGAAUAGAGUGAAGAAGAAGUUUGACUAUCUAGCUUCCCAUGUCAACAAAAUUGGGAAAUUUACCAUUAAAGUCAUGCACUCCUCGGCCACUUCAAUGCGCUUGUUGCACCAGGAAAAAAUGAAACAGGGUGGGCUGGAAGGCGACACCACGAAGGAACUAUUUGAGUUCCUAGCUCAAAAUUGGACUGGGCUUCUGCUCUCCCAGCACAUGGGAGCUAUAAAACAUGAUUAA